AUGGAUGAAUACUACUGUUGUGCAUACCCGCACAUCUCUGCCUCCGAUUUCGCGUCAGAAACUCCAUUUUGUCCCGAUGAUCAACGCUUCAGUGUAGAAGUUGCGUACACGAACAUGUACGUUCUGAAUGCCCGCGAAUUCGAAACUUCCGAAUAUACCACUCACCACAGUUUUUCAAACAUCUCAAAGGACGAAAUAAUGCAAGAAACAACGAUCGUGUCUUGGCUUUCCAGCAUGGGUGUCCCUAGCGAGGCUCACAGGUCUGUCGUGGCAAAAGUAUUGCAAUGUGCGCGUGGCAUGGCGAAUGAUAGGAUUCCCACAAAGGUUUUAUCUAUGCGUGUGGAUGUGACUAUCACUCAACCCGGUGAUGAUUUUGAAGACUACGACGAAGAAUACGAAGACGAAGAUCACGAUGAUGAUGAUGAAGAUCAUGGGUUGGUGCAGGCAGCGGCAAAGUCACAACACGUUGAGGGGUUGGAGACGGUUGAACAAGAAGGGUGUAAAAGGUGUGCGAUUUGUCUCGAGGAUUUUAAUGUUGGUGUUCGCAUGCCUUGUUUGCACAUGUUUCAUGAAAACUGCAUCGGUGAGUGGUUGCAAAUAGGCAAUUCUUGCCCCUUGUGUCGGUUUAAGAUGCCUCCUCAAAUGGGAUAA